AUGUGGGCGGGGCUGCCCUUGGCACAAGCCAUUUCUUGUGAAGUCGAGCUUCGAGUAAGCCAACCUCAGCCGCAAAAUCUGUCCAAUGCAUCUUGGGGACUGGCGCGGCUGUCAGCUGGUGAUAGGCCGAGCUUCACAGCCAUUGGCAGGAUGGUCCAGCUGAAAAUUUCUGAGCUUGACCCGCAAGGUUUGGCAAACACAACCUGGACUCUUGCCAAGAUUCUGUUCCGCGGCAGCGAGCUUCCUGAUGCAGCAUGCUCGGCUUGCAUGCGCAAGUUGCAGCAAUCCGAGCCACAGAGCCUCGCAAACAUCGCCUGGCCUCGGGCCACCCUCCACAUGAUGGGUCGGCCGCCGACCUUGGCCACAGCAGGGCGUGCGUCAGACCAGGUCUGGGAAUGCAGACCGCUGUCCCUGACAAACCUGGUUUGGUCCCUUGCGGUGCUCCAGCCUGGCGGCCAAAUGAUCCUGGCGUCGAUGUGCUGCAGAGCGGCCACGCUGGCGCGCGAGCACAACCCGCAGCAGGUUGCUAACACUGUGUGGGCCUUUGGCAAGCUGGGCUUUGAGGAGAUGGCGAUGAUGGACUCAAUGUUCAGGCAGGCGCUUAUCACCCUUUCAGAGUUUGAUAGCCAGAAGCUGACCAAUGCAGCCUGA